UUUUUGUGGUGAUAAUGAGUUUACAAUACUCACAACAUAAUCAUGUAGAUGUGAACGGUACAAUUUUUCCAAUCAAGAACGAUGAAAAUAGAUCGAUUUUAUCUAUGCCAUAUGAUUGCAUUUUUGAAGUAUUACAAUACCUAAAUCAGAUCGAUUUAGUUAACGUCUGUUUGGUCAAUAGAGAAUUGUGUUACUUAGCAAGACGAAAACUUUAUCGAUCCAUCUUCGUUGUGAUUCUUGGUCCUCCGAUUGAAAUCAAAAUGAAUGUGUACAAUUACUUCUACACCAAUUAUACUAUCAUGAAUCGUGCUGAUUAUAGAAUGGACCAUUUAUUAAAGAAUCCAAACUUGCAGUUUUGUCAAUUAAUAAGAUUUAAUUUCAUCAAACCCGUAUUCUGCCAACGUGUUCAAAGACUAUAUCCUCGAAUUAGAAUGCACGUAGAUGUUCAAAUCAACUGGUGGGUGCCUCUGAUUCCAUUGAGUAUGAUAUCAUACUAUUCUGAGCUAAACCUAUAUGAGCUUGUAGCAAUGAAAAACACCAGUUUCAUGUUACCACUGGUGAGGAAAAUCAGGGUAGAUAAAUAUACAUAUGACUACGUGACUUCAAGUUUAGUGGCAAGGUUAACAAACUUAAGGCUAGUGGCCAUUUAUAGUUGUAAAGAUGUAUUAGCAAGGUUGGAGUCAAUUAAAUUAAUUACGGUCAAGGAGGUAGAGAUUCACAAUUGCAUUACCCGACCAGAUG